GAGUCCGGCAGCGGUGCCGCCGCGGGCGCUCCGCCCGGAUCCCUCCGCCGCGAUGCGCCGGGCCCAGCGCUCCGCCCAGCGGAGCGUGGUGAGGGCUGCCGCCGCGCCGGGCCGCGGCCUGUGAGCGGGGCGGCGGGGGCUGCUCGGCCGGCAUGGCGGGGCGGCGGUGUGCCGGUGGGGCGGCCGCCUUGGCCGAGGCGCCGGGCUGCGGCGGGGCGGCGGAGCCGGCUCGGGAGCUCUUCGAGGCCUGCAGGAACGGGGACGUGGAGCGGGUCAAGCGGCUGGUGCGGCCCGAGAACGUGAACAGCCGGGACACGGCGGGCAGGAAGUCCAGCCCGCUGCACUUCGCCGCAGGUUUUGGUCGGAAAGAUGUAGUUGAAUAUUUACUUCAAAGUGGUGCCAAUGUCCACGCACGAGAUGAUGGAGGCCUUAUUCCCCUUCACAAUGCUUGCUCUUUUGGUCAUGCUGAAGUUGUCAAUCUUCUCUUGCGGCACGGUGCAGAUCCUAAUGCUCGGGAUAACUGGAAUUACACUCCCCUUCAUGAAGCUGCCAUUAAGGGCAAGACAGAUGUCUGCAUUGUACUGCUGCAGCAUGGUGCUGAACCAACCAUCCGGAACACAGAUGGAAGAACAGCUUUGGAUUUAGCAGACCCGUCUGCAAAAGCAGUGCUGACUGGUGAAUACAAGAAAGAUGAACUCUUAGAAAGUGCCAGGAGUGGAAAUGAAGAAAAGAUGAUGUCUCUUCUUACACCAUUAAAUGUUAACUGUCAUGCAAGUGAUGGCAGAAAGUCUACUCCUUUACAUUUAGCAGCUGGGUAUAACCGUGUAAAAAUAGUACAGCUCUUGCUGCAACAUGGGGCUGAUGUACAUGCAAAGGAUAAAGGAGAUUUGGUGCCACUUCACAAUGCCUGUUCCUAUGGUCAUUAUGAAGUAACAGAGCUUCUAGUAAAGCAUGGAGCAUGUGUGAAUGCGAUGGACCUGUGGCAGUUCACCCCUCUGCAUGAAGCAGCUUCUAAGAACAGGGUGGAAGUAUGUUCACUUUUGUUAAGUUAUGGUGCUGACCCAACACUGUUGAACUGUCACAACAAAAGCACCAUUGAUUUGGCUCCAACACCCCAGUUAAAAGAGCGAUUAGCAUAUGAAUUCAAAGGUCACUCACUGCUGCAGGCUGCAAGAGAAUCAGAUGUGGCUCGUAUAAAGAAACACCUUUCUUUGGAGACAGUGAACUUCAAACAUCCUCAAACACAUGAGACAGCAUUGCACUGUGCUGCUGCAUCUCCAUAUCCUAAGAGAAAACAAGUAUGUGAAUUGCUGCUGAGGAAAGGAGCCAACAUCAAUGAAAAAACAAAAGACUUCUUGACUCCUCUGCAUGUGGCAUCAGAAAAGGCUCAUAAUGAUGUUGUUGAAGUAGUUGUAAAACAUGAAGCUAAGGUUAACGCGCUGGAUAAUCUUGGCCAGACCUCUCUUCAUAGAGCAGCACAUUGUGGUCAUCUUCAGACUUGCCGGUUGCUGUUGAGUUCUGGAUGUGAUCCUUCCAUUGUGUCUCUGCAGGGCUUUACAGCCUUACAAAUGGGGACAGAAAGUGUGCAGCAGCUACUGCAAGAAGGUAUCCCAUUAGGUAAUUCUGAUGCAGAUAGACAGUUGCUGGAGGCUGCAAAGGCUGGAGAUGUGGAUACUGUAAAAAAACUAUGUACAGUUCAAAGUGUGAACUGCAGAGAUAUUGAAGGACGUCAGUCUACACCUCUUCAUUUUGCAGCGGGAUAUAAUAGGGUAUCUGUUGUCGAGUAUCUUCUUCAGCAUGGAGCUGAUGUGCAUGCAAAAGAUAAGGGAGGACUGGUCCCUUUACAUAAUGCUUGUUCAUACGGUCACUAUGAAGUUGCAGAACUGCUGGUUAAACAUGGUGCAGUUGUUAAUGUUGCUGACUUGUGGAAAUUCACUCCCUUGCAUGAAGCUGCAGCAAAAGGAAAAUACGAGAUUUGCAAACUCCUGUUACAGCAUGGAGCUGACCCUACAAAGAAAAACAGAGAUGGAAAUACUCCUCUAGACCUUGUUAAAGAUGGUGAUACUGAUAUUCAAGACCUUCUCAGAGGAGAUGCAGCUCUACUAGAUGCUGCAAAGAAAGGCUGUUUGGCCCGAGUGAAAAAGCUGUGUUCGCCUGACAAUGUCAACUGUCGGGACACACAAGGACGGCAUUCAACACCAUUGCAUUUAGCAGCUGGUUACAACAAUUUGGAGGUUGCAGAGUACCUGUUACAGCACGGAGCAGAUGUGAAUGCACAGGAUAAAGGAGGGCUGAUUCCUUUGCAUAAUGCGGCAUCUUAUGGGCACGUUGAUGUAGCAGCUUUACUUAUAAAGUAUAAUGCGUGUGUGAAUGCUACAGACAAAUGGGCUUUCACACCUCUGCAUGAAGCAGCCCAGAAAGGAAGGACACAGCUUUGUGCCUUGUUACUGGCACAUGGGGCUGAUCCUACUCUGAAAAACCAAGAAGGACAAACGCCAUUGGACCUGGUCACUGCAGAUGACGUCAGCGCAUUAUUGACAGCAGCAAUGCCUCCCUCUGCAUUACCAACUUGCUACAAACCUCAGGUUAUAAGUGUGUCCCAGACUACAGGUUCUACAGCUGAUUCCCUGUCUUCUGUUCCAUCCAGUCCAUCCAGUCUGUCUGCUGCAAGUAGUCUUGACAACUUGUCUGGUAGUUUUUCUGAACUUCCUUCUGUUGUUGGUACAAACAGUGCAGAGGGAGCUGCUGUUCUGGAGAAAAAAGAAGUUUCAGGUGUAGAUUUUAGCAUAAAUCAGUUUGUACGGAACCUUGGCCUUGAACAUCUGAUUGACAUAUUUGAGAGAGAACAGAUAACGCUGGAUGUAUUGGUUGAAAUGGGACAUAAAGAAUUGAAGGAAAUUGGAAUUAAUGCUUAUGGCCAUAGGCAUAAAAUCAUUAAAGGAGUUGAAAGACUCAUUUCUGGACAACAAGGACUUAACCCAUACCUGACUCUAAAUACUUCUGGUAGUGGAACUAUUCUCAUAGAUCUUUCCACUGAAGAUAAGGAAUUUCAAUCGGUAGAAGAAGAGAUGCAGAGUACUGUCCGAGAGCACAGAGACGGAGGGCAUGCUGGUGGAGUGUUCAAUAGAUACAACAUCUUAAAGAUUCAGAAAGUGUGCAACAAGAAACUAUGGGAAAGGUACACUCACAGGAGGAAAGAGGUCUCUGAAGAGAAUCAUAACCAUGCUAAUGAAAGGAUGCUGUUUCAUGGCUCCCCAUUUGUGAAUGCAAUCAUUCACAAAGGCUUUGAUGAGCGACAUGCCUAUAUAGGCGGCAUGUUUGGAGCUGGGAUUUAUUUUGCUGAAAAUUCUUCCAAAAGCAAUCAAUAUGUGUAUGGAAUUGGAGGUGGCACUGGAUGUCCAGUUCACAAAGAUAGAUCUUGUUAUGUUUGCCACAGGCAAUUGCUGUUUUGUCGUGUAACGCUGGGCAAGUCUUUCCUGCAGUUCAGUGCUAUGAAAAUGGCUCAUUCUCCCCCCGGACAUCAUUCAGUUACUGGGCGACCCAGUGUAAAUGGAUUGGCAUUGGCAGAAUAUGUCAUUUACAGAGGGGAGCAGGCUUAUCCAGAAUACUUGAUUACUUACCAGAUCAUGAAACCUGAAGCUACCACUGAAGCUUAAGACAAAUUACUUGUGGGAAACCAUCAGACUUUGGAUAGGAAGAUACCAGUGGCUGCCAUCCUGUUAAUUACAAUGAGUUGAUAAAAAAAUUUCAUCUACAGGUGAUGUGGUAGCAAAUGUGAACAAAAUACACCAUAUUUGACUUGAUUAAAGCUUUAAUAAUGUACAGUAUGUUUUUCUAAAAUUUCAGAAAUGUUCUCUUUUUCAGCACUUUAACAGAUACCAUUCCAGGCAUAAACUGGGGUUUGGCUGUACUAAAUUAUAAACAAAAAUUAACUUGAAACUAUGGUUUUAUACAAUACUGCGUUGAAAUUUAGCAGAAAUUGUAAUCUCUAUACAGGAACUCGUUUUACUAAUAUUGUGUUCUUUAAAACACUGCAUUUACACUGAAAACAUUUUCAUUUGUAAAACUGUAAAUAAGAGCUUUUGUACUAGCCUGGUAUUUAUUUACAUUGCUUUGUAAUAUAAGUGUUUUAGAACUGCAACCUUGUACAAAAUGUUUUUUCCAGAUGUUGGUUUGUUCAUUUGUGUUUUCUCAUGCACGACAGAUUUGAAAAGCCAAUUUCUUUCAGGGUUUAUCACUCUUUUGUGAGGGAGAAAGCAAAUUUUAUCUGAAGAGGUUUAGAGAUAGCCAACUUCAGACUGAAUACGCAAAUUUUUGUUCUGUGUUUUUAUUUAUGAAAUAUACAUUCCUGAGAAUGAUGGGCUAUGAAAAUAGAACAUUCCAGCUGAAUACUAAAGUGUUUUUCCACCUACUUUCUAGAGUUCCAUAUUUUAUUUCUGUAAAAUGUCUUCUGAAAUUUUUAUUUAACUAUAGGUAUAGUUAACCUGUAUCCUCACUUCAAGGCUAGUAGACCUUGUAAGUUACAGUUUUAGUAAAUUAUUUUCUUUGAAUGUAGUUGGAAAAUUAACCUCAAGGAGGUCUUUCUUGAGUUCCUCUUGCUUACAUUUAAGCCAGGAAGUUAAAUAGUUUAUUCCUAAUAUGGGGGCAAACAACUGGCCUUUUUUAUAUGCUUAUUUUGGUAAAUUAAUCUACCUGUUGGUGCCCUCAGGAUAUGAGUAUUGCAAGGUGGAAAUGUUAAAAAUCAUCCUAUCAUCUCCUGUGUUUCUUCCAUGUUAACGUUCAAGCAGUAGUUGAAGCAGGUGCCUAGAAGUGUGCUUAUCUGCAGUGCUUUUGGCUGAGUGGAACUGGUUGGGGUGCAAGGUUCUGCUCCCUGUGCUCAGCCAGCUGGGCAAGGAGUGUUGAAGUGGGAUGAGCAGCUCUUCCGUAACAGCAGCUGCCUUUGGUAGCCCUGGUAAGUCUGCUUGGAUGGGGGAAGAGUACAAAAGGUACAACCCUCCAUUCGAGUCUCAUUCAGGGUUCCUGAAUGCACCGGUCAGUUCAGUCAGCCCUAUCAUACCUCUCUUGUGUAUUUUGUUUCUCUUCCAUCUGCGGUUUUUACCUACAUAUUUUAAAAAUAUGUAAAUACAAAUUAUAGUUCAUUUGGGGUUAAAGUGGUUAGGAGUAUAUUUUAGUUGUUUUCUAUUUCUACAUACAGGAAACUGUCCCAGAAGACAAUUUAUUUGCAGGGCAUGUUAUCAUACCAUGGUUUUAAAUGUAGUAACUGGUCAAGAUAAUGAAAUUGUCUUGCUGAUGUGGUGGUUAUGUGAUUAUGCUCUAUGUAAAAAUGUAUUGAACCUUACCCAGUUAUGUGGGGAAUCUGAAGAGUAGGAUUGCAUAACUCUUGCAGAAAGUAAUACUGGCUACGAAUAAACAAGGCUUUGAUUUUUAGCUAUUUCUCCCAGCAUGUUGCCUGUUCCUUAGGUAUAGUAAUGCUGGAAUUGGUGUUCAUGCAAAAUCUGUUAAGUAUGUUUAAAACUUUUUUGUUAUUGCUAAAAUGCUUCAUUCUCUAUGAAUGAUCACUUAAUGUCUUGUAAAAUAUUGUGGUAUGAUAGCAUUUUAAGUGGUACCACAACGCUGGUUUUGUCUGUUUGGGGAUUUUUGAGCUGUUUUUUUGCAUGACAUACCUUGCACUCUGAAGAUGGAAGCUGUAAUGAUUUGAUAAUACUGACUAUUGAGAUGAACCUUUAAUCUUUUGUGCAAUUAGUUCUGCUUUACUCAUCUUGAAGUGUCUUUACAUGUACUGUAUGACAUUCCAUAUCCAUUUAACACUAAAUAAAUUUAAUUCACUGGUUUUCUAGUA